CUCCACCUCCCUGCGCUACCCCAAAAUGAUCGUCGGCGCUACAACCUUUUGAAGCCUAUUUUUUGUCGGAGGAGGUGUCUCCGUUGAGACCGGCGAGACGGAGACAUGGGUGUAUAUUGCUUCGCUCGCUUUUUUAACGCGUCUACUAUCACUUUUCAGGUCGCACAGGCACAGGAACGAAAUUUAGCCAUUGGGAAGCCUUAGCGGGACUGGGGGAUAGGGAUGACCCCGAAUUAUGAUGGCCUUGUUAUGUUGGAACUGUGCGGGGAAAAGCAUGUUUUUGUUUUGGGAGAUUGCAGCCUUGUCAGUAUAAGUACUGUUGUUAAGGCCCGUCGCUGUCGUUCUCCAUUCCAUUGAGUCGCGACAGCAUCACUCGCCAUCAUGUCCAUCUCGAAGCUCUCACUCCUGGCGCUCGUCUCCGCCGCGGCUGCUCUGCCCGGAGGCAACAGCUGGACGUCUUCUCUCUCCUCCUGGGGAACCGGCACCUUCGCCCCCUUCAAGCCUAUCAUCAGCUCGCUUUUCCCUCAGCUCGGCGCGCCCCUGACGCCCGAGAUCCUCGCCACCUUCGCGCAGCCGACUCUCGCCAAUAUCGCGCGCAACUCGUAUGUUACGCGCAAGGGCUCCAAGCUGCUUCUCAAUGGCGAACGCUACGUUGGUGGAGGCGCAAAUGUUUACUGGCUCGGCCUUGACGAGAAUGUGAUCCCACCUGCUGGAGAGCCGUUCUAUGAGCCGUUCAAGGCGAGCUAUCCGAGCCUCGGCCGCAUCACGGAGGUCAUGAACACGCUGGUGACGAUGGGAGCGAAGACGAUCCGCAGCCAGACGUUGGGGGUCAGCACGGGGAACCCGCUGAGCAUCAUGCCUACGCUCGGGGUGGUCAAUGAGGAGGCCUUCGCGACGAUUGACUGGGCUGUGUUCCAGGCGAGACAGCACGGGUUGAGGAUCAUUAUUCCUCUCACAGAUGCCUUCGACUACUACCACGGAGGCCGAUUCAACUUCCUCCGCUGGCGCGGCAUCAACAUCACGCAGAACGACGCCUCUCCCCUCGUCCAGGAGUUCUUCACGAACCGCCAGAUCAUCAACGACUUCAAGAACUACAUCCGCAUCCACAUGACGCACAAGAACCCCUACACCGGGCUCACCUACGCGCAAGACCCUACCAUCCUCGCCUACGAGACGGGUAAUGAGCUAUAUGGCAACGUCUGGGGCGACAUGAACGUGCCUCGCGCGUGGGUGCAGGAGAUCGCGAAGUAUAUCAAGACCCUUGGCCCACACAAGCUCGUCCUCGACGGCACGUAUGGUAUCAACACCACGCAUCUUGAUAUUCCGGAGGUGGACAUCUACUCGGACCAUUUCUACCCGCUGGACACGAAGAAGCUGUCAGCGGGGAUUGAGAAGGUGAGGGGCGCUGGGAAGGUGUAUUGGAGCGGGGAGUAUGAUUGGACGGGAUUGAAUGGGAAGGAAACGCCGCAGGGUGACUCGCUGGAGAGCUGGUUUGCAGUCAUUGAAGCGGAUCAGAAGAGGGCGGAUUCGGUGGUUGCGGGGGAUGCGUUUUGGAGCUUGUUCAUGCACAAUGUUCCGGAUUGCCAGAGCUUCGUGAACCACACCGACGGCUUCACGCUGCAGUACAACAACCCCUUGAACUCGGCCUACAUCGACGGGCAGAUCAGCCUGGUGCGCCAGCACUUCUUCCGCAUGCAGGGGAUCGCCGUCGACGGGUACUUGCCGGCGGUGGCGUGUCCGCAGAACUUCGUGCCGGGGUAUGAUGCGCAGUACACGAAUUAUUAGGUGCGCGGCAAGGCAAGGCAAGGCAUGGCAAUGGUUUGGGACGGAUCUGCGCAUGUUUAGAUAGGGAGUUCUCGUACCAUACGCAGUGCUUUCUUGGUUGAUAGGGAUAACUCGUGGAAUAUGCUGUGCUUCCUGCUACCUGCUACAGGUGGGCAAGUGGGAGUGAAGUGCGUUAUCUUUAUUUUCGUUGGGCAGCAAGAGUGGUUUUGUCGUAUGGUUUUUCCCCGCCAUCACUGUCGCUGUCAAUGUCGCCGUCACCAGAAACCACCCCGCAUUCUGACUAUUCCCGAGCCACCUACGCAUUUUCUCUUCUGACCCAUUGCUACUACGAGUUUCACGCAUCAUUCUCUGUCCUCCUCCUGCAUCAUCCUCACAUCAUCCUUGCUCACGUGCGGUCCAUUCCCCGUAACGUGUUCUGCACCUCCCUCGGCACUCCCCACCUCCGUCGGGAUCUUCCGGAUCCGAGCGUAUUUCGCGCACACAAAAACUCACGUACAACCCCAACCCGGCUGGUUUUCUUGCCCGUGACUAGCAAACCUUAUUCCCUGCGUGACUGAUCCACUCAUUGGUCCAAAAAAAACCGGCCUUAUGACACCGCACACUGGCUGGACUCUGACUGGUAAACUGGGGUACAAACCCACGCUGGCCUGGACUGGGCUGUGCUGUGGCCCGGCCUGGUGAGAAAAUGUCACGAUAACUUGGCGGGGCUGGCUGGUGGUCAUCAAUUACCUAGACA